AUGUCGUCGGGGCUUGCGGCAAUCUAUCCAGCGGCCGAUGGCGGCGACAAGUGUGGGACCACGCCGCGUUUGCGACGGGAAUCCGGAGACAUGAUACACCACAGCGGCCCUUCGGAGGCACACCAUCCAGUGCCGGACGCUUCUCCCGGUGGCGCCGCUUUGACCCCGACCCGCGGAGCUUCCAGCGACGUGCGUCUCUCCGAGCUGCUGCCCGACGACGGCCCCGAUACCGCCGUCCCGAAGCUCUCGGGAACCACCAUCACCCUCACCAUGACGUCGCUCUGCCUGUCGGCGACCCUCUCCGCCCUGGAAAUGACCAUUGUGACCACGGCCGUGCCCAACAUCGUGGCCUCGCUGCAGUCGGUCGCCGGCUACGUCUGGGUGGGCUCCGCCUUCAUCCUCGGGUUCACGGCCGUGACCCCCGUGUGGGGCUCCGUCGCGGACCUCUGGGGCCGCAGGCCCAUUAUUUUGCUGGCCCUGAGCAUCUUCCUGGCCGGCAGCCUGCUGUGCGCGCUCGCGCCGGACAUGGACGUCCUGAUUGCCGGCCGCGCUGUCCAGGGCGUCGGCGCCUCCGGCAUGGGCGUCAUGGUCAACACCAUCAUCUGCGACAUGUUCUCGCUCCGCGACCGCGGCUUGUAUCUUGCCAUCACGUCCAUCAUCUGGGCCAUCGGCAGCGCGGUGGGCCCGGUGCUCGGGGGCGUUUUUGCCACGCGGCUGAAUUGGAGAUGGUGUUUCUGGAUCAACCUGCCCAUUGGCGCAGUAGUCUUCGCCGUGCUCUUCUUCUUUCUCGAUUUGCCGUCACCCAGCACGUCGGUUCUCGCCGGCCUCAAAGCCGUCGACUGGACGGGCAGUGCUCUGUGCAUGGGCGGAUCCCUGAUGGUCCUCCUCGCCCUCGACUUCGGAGACGUCACGCACCCUUGGUCCUCCGCCACCGUCAUCUGCCUGAUGGUCUUUGGCGCCGUCGUCAUAGGCAUCUUCCUCCUCAACGAGUGGAAGUUCGCCGCGAACCCCAUCCUUCCCCUACGGCUGCUUUCAAGCUGGUCGAAAGCGGCGGCCUACAGCGUCUUCGCGUUCAACUCGUACGUCUUCAUCGGCAUCGCGUACUACCUACCCCUGUACUCGCAGGCCGUGUUGGGCGUGGACGCCCUGACGUCCGGGCUGUACCUGUUGCCGCUGGUCGUUUCGUGCUCGUUGUCGGCGGCCUGCGCCGGCGUCUUCAUCCAGCAGACGGGACGUUACCGCGUGCUCAUGUACGCGGCGCAGGUGCUUCUGACGCUCGGCACAGGGCUCUUGGUCAACCUCGAGUUCGAGCGGAACCUGGCAAAGCUAUUCGUGUUCCAGAUACUCACCGGUGUCGGCGUCGGCCUGAACAUCGAAGCCCCUGUCCUGGCGGCUCAGGCCGCGACCACGGUGCGCGAUACCGCUGCAGUGGUGGCCACCAUGGGCUUUCUCCGAUCCAUCGCGACGGCCAUCUCUGUUGUGGUGGGGGGAGUGGUCUUCCAGAAUCAGAUGAAGGCCGGGAAUCCAGCCCUGGCUGAUCGGAUCGGUCACGAGCUGGCCCGCCAAUUCGACGGGGACAAUGCGUCGGCCCAUGUCGAAGAUGUUAGUCUUCUCGCGGCAGACCAGCAGGUUCCUGUGAGACAGACUUAUUUCAGAGCACUCAGGACCGUAUGGAUUAUGUAUGUCGCGUUCGCAGGCUUGGCGCUGGUGUUGAAUCUGUUUGUCUCAGAACACCACCUGAGUGGUGAGAGGAAGGAAGCUGUUCUCGGCGUCGAUCGAGGAAAACCCGACUCGCUGCAGCAACCAACGCAGAGGGAGGAGAUACCGCUCGAGUCGUCCGGCAGACAGCACACCGAUACCAGGCAGCACACACUGAGAAACCGGGCCGCAUGA